AUGCCGGCUCGCUCGCUCCCUCCCUCCCUGCGACGCUAUCAAAUGAUGCUGUUUGGAAAAAUUUAUCAGCAGUUGUGUGGCUUACAGAAACUCCCAUGGUCAUGUGAUUCCAGACACUUCUGGGGCUGGCUGAAUGCAGUGUUUAAUAAAGUGGAUUACGAUCGCAUCAGGGAUGUUGGCCCUGACAGGGCUGCAUCUGAAUGGCUAUUACGCUGUGGGGCCACAGUGCGCUACCAUGGCCAAGAGAGGUGGCAGAAGGACUACAACAACCUCCCAACAGGCCCUCUGCACAAAUACAAGAUUCAAGCAAUCGAUGCCACCAACUCUUGUAUCAUGAGCAUUGGAUUUGAUUACAUGGAGGGCCUAGAGCAUGUUGAAAAAAUAACACUAUGCAAGUGUCAUUAUAUUGAGGAUGACUGUUUGCAGAGGCUUAGUCAACUUGAAAAAUUACAAAAAAGUCUACUGGAAAUGGAAAUAAUUUCCUGCGGGAAUAUCACAGACAAAGGCAUCAUUGCUUUGUGUAAUUUAAGAAACCUCAGGUAUUUGUUGUUAACUGAUCUUCCUGGAGUAAAAGAAAACAAGAAAGAAAAUCUUGUCCAAGUCUUUAAGACGGCAUUGCCUUCUCUGGAACUAAAAUUGAACUUGAAGUAAAAUAAUAAGAAUCAGUAAGUGUCUUACUUCAUUAUGAAGGAUCACUUGAAAUUGUUGAUCCUAAAGAGCAACAAAUACUAUAUAAUCAUCAACAGAAACUGUAGAGAAUCUGUCAUAUAUAGAAGAUAAAUAUUAGAUGUGACUCACUAAAGUUUCUAAAUUGGAAGUGAGAAAUUAUGUACAUUAAAUCAUUUUAAGAAAAGUGAAAACUAGGUGACAAUUUAAUUCUAAAUA